AUGGGGGACUUUCUGAGCUUUAAUAGGAGGCAGCAGGAAGCCCUAGAUGAUGCUGAGGAUCCCAGUGCUGUCACUAGCUCCCUGGUGACCCCAGGGCAGGUGAUGGAAGAAGCUGCCCGGCCCAUCAGCACCUGGUCAGCUUCCCAGGGCAGCACUGGCCUGGAGGCCUAUAAAAUCACAGGCCCUUCCACGGUCAUGAACCUUCUGUGCCGUCAUGUCGUGAGCCCCAGUAGUGAAAAGCUCUUGGGCCCGCCUGGCUCUUUGUCUGGCAUCGCCCCUCAGGAAGUCGGGGACGAAACGCUGAUGGACUCAACCACAGCGACGGCGGAGCUGGGCUGGAUUGUGCAUCCUCCAUCAGGGUGGGAAGAGGUGAGUGGCUACGAUGAGAACAUGAACACGAUCCGCACGUACCAGGUGUGCAAUGUGUUUGAAUCGAGCCAGAACAACUGGCUACGGACCAAGUUCAUCCGGCGCCGCGGCGCCCACCGCAUCCACGUAGAGAUGAAGUUCUCAGUGCGUGACUGCAGCAGCAUCCCCAGCGUGCCUGGCUCCUGCAAAGAGACCUUCAAUCUCUAUUACUAUGAGGCCGACUUCGACUCGGCCACCAAGACCUUCCCCAACUGGAUGGAGAACCCGUGGGUGAAGGUGGACACCAUUGCCGCCGACGAGAGCUUCUCCCAGGUGGACCUUGGUGGCCGGGUCAUGAAGAUCAACACCGAGGUGCGGAGCUUCGGGCCCGUGUCCCGCAGUGGCUUCUACCUGGCCUUCCAGGACUAUGGCGGCUGCAUGUCUCUCAUCGCCGUGCGCGUCUUCUACCGCAAGUGCCCCCGCAUUAUCCAGAACGGCGCCAUCUUCCAGGAGACUCUGUCCGGGGCUGAGAGCACAUCGCUGGUGGCUGCCCGGGGUAGCUGCAUCGCCAACGCGGAGGAGGUGGACGUGCCCAUCAAGCUCUACUGUAAUGGGGACGGCGAGUGGCUGGUGCCCAUCGGGCGCUGCAUGUGCAAAGCGGGCUUCGAGGCCGUGGAGAAUGGCACUGUUUGCCGAGGUUGCCCAUCUGGAACCUUCAAGGCCAACCAAGGGGAUGAGGCCUGUACCCACUGUCCCAUCAACAGCCGGACCACUUCAGAAGGGGCCACCAACUGCGUCUGCCGCAAUGGCUACUACAGAGCAGACCUGGACCCCCUGGACAUGCCCUGCACAACCAUCCCCUCCGCACCCCAGGCCGUGAUCUCCAGUGUCAACGAGACCUCACUUAUGCUAGAGUGGAGCCCGCCCCGGGACUCAGGAGGCCGUGAGGAUCUUGUCUACAACAUCAUCUGCAAGAGCUGUGGCUCGGGCCGGGGCGCCUGCACCCGCUGUGGGGACAACGUACAGUACGCACCCCGCCAGCUGGGCCUGACCGAGCCUCGCAUUUACAUCAGUGACCUGCUGGCCCACACCCAGUACACCUUUGAGAUCCAGGCCGUGAAUGGCGUCACCGACCAGAGCCCCUUCUCACCGCAGUUCGCCUCUGUGAACAUCACCACCAACCAGGCAGCUCCAUCGGCCGUGUCCAUCAUGCACCAGGUGAGCCGCACCGUGGACAGCAUUACCCUGUCGUGGUCCCAGCCCGACCAGCCCAAUGGCGUCAUCCUGGAUUACGAGCUGCAGUACUAUGAGAAGGAGCUGAGUGAGUACAACGCCACAGCCAUAAAAAGCCCCACCAACACGGUCACUGUGCAGGGCCUCAAAGCCGGCGCCAUCUAUGUCUUCCAGGUGCGGGCACGCACCGUGGCGGGCUACGGGCGCUACAGUGGCAAGAUGUACUUCCAGACCAUGACGGAAGCCGAGUACCAGACAAGCAUCCAGGAGAAGCUGCCCCUCAUCAUCGGCUCCUCGGCAGCUGGCCUGGUCUUCCUCAUCGCUGUGGUUGUGAUCGCCAUCGUGUGUAACAGACGGGGGUUUGAGCGCGCUGACUCGGAGUACACGGACAAGCUGCAGCACUACACCAGUGGCCACAUGACCCCAGGCAUGAAGAUCUACAUCGACCCUUUCACCUACGAGGACCCCAAUGAGGCAGUGCGGGAGUUUGCCAAGGAAAUUGACAUCUCCUGUGUCAAAAUUGAGCAGGUGAUCGGAGCAGGGGAGUUUGGUGAGGUAUGCAGCGGCCACCUGAAGCUUCCAGGCAAGAGAGAGAUCUUUGUAGCCAUCAAGACGCUCAAGUCGGGCUAUACUGAGAAGCAGCGCCGGGACUUCCUGAGCGAGGCCUCCAUCAUGGGCCAGUUCGACCACCCCAACGUCAUCCACCUGGAGGGUGUUGUCACCAAGAGCACACCUGUGAUGAUCAUCACCGAGUUUAUGGAGAAUGGCUCCCUGGACUCCUUCCUCCGGCAAAAUGAUGGGCAGUUCACAGUCAUCCAGCUGGUGGGCAUGCUGCGGGGCAUCGCGGCCGGCAUGAAGUACCUGGCAGACAUGAACUACGUCCACCGCGACCUGGCUGCCCGCAACAUCCUCGUCAACAGCAACCUGGUCUGCAAGGUGUCUGACUUUGGGCUCUCACGCUUUCUGGAGGACGAUACCUCAGACCCCACCUACACCAGCGCCCUGGGUGGGAAGAUCCCCAUCCGCUGGACGGCCCCAGAAGCCAUCCAGUACCGGAAGUUCACCUCGGCCAGUGACGUCUGGAGCUAUGGUAUCGUCAUGUGGGAGGUGAUGUCCUAUGGGGAGCGACCCUACUGGGACAUGACCAACCAGGACGUAAUCAAUGCCAUAGAGCAGGACUAUCGGCUGCCACCGCCCAUGGACUGCCCAAGCGCGCUGCACCAGCUCAUGCUGGACUGCUGGCAGAAGGACCGCAACCACCGGCCCAAGUUCGGCCAGAUCGUCAACACGCUGGACAAGAUGAUCCGCAACCCUAACAGCCUCAAAGCCAUGGCGCCCCUCUCUUCCGGAAUCAACCUGCCGCUGCUGGACCGCACGAUCCCCGACUACACCAGCUUUAACACAGUGGACGAGUGGCUGGAGGCCAUCAAGAUGGGGCAGUACAAGGAGAGCUUCGCCAAUGCCGGCUUCACCUCCUUCGAUGUCGUGUCGCAGAUGAUGAUGGAGGACAUUCUCCGGGUUGGGGUCACCUUGGCUGGUCACCAGAAAAAAAUCCUGAACAGUAUCCAGGUGAUGCGGGCACAGAUGAACCAGAUCCAGUCUGUGGAGGUUUGACGUUCACCUGCCUCGGCUCACCUCUUCCUCCAGGCCCCGCCCCCUCCGCCCCACAUGCUGGCCCCCGGUUCUUCGUCCACCGCAGGGUCAGCCACCUGCCAGGAGGCCACGGGCAAUGGGAAGAACCAAGCAGCGCUCCAGCCAUGAGACGUCACCAAGAACAACACGUGCAACUUCAGAUGAUGGCAAAAAGGGAAUGGGGACAAAAGAACAUAGAUCCCGGGAGGGGGCGGGAAACACAAGGAAUAGUUUUUAAAGAGGAUUCUCAUAAGGAAAGCGAUCAUUGUUCUUGGAGGAGAAAAAGGGCUUGGGAGAUUCACGCAGGUUGUCCAAUCGG